CAGAGACGGGAGUCUCAGGGAUCUAUAAAGCCCAACCAGGCAUCUCUGGGCAUCUUUCCCAAGAGCUGUGAACUGCUGGCUUUCUGCUUACUCCUGUGGAAAUGCAGCGACUGUUGACUCCAGUGAAGCGGGUCCUGCAAGUGAAAAGAGUAAUGCAGGCCUCUUGCAUGCCUACUCGCCUGCUCCCAGCAGCCCACCAAAGAUUUUCUACAGUUCCUGCCAUCCCGUUGGCCAAAACAGAUACUUGGCCAAAGGACGUGGGCAUCCUUGCCUUGGAGGUCUACUUCCCAGCCCAAUAUGUGGACCAAACUGACCUGGAGAAGUAUAACAAGGUAGAAGCAGGAAGGUAUACGGUGGGCUUGGGCCAAACCCAUAUGGGCUUCUGCUCAGUCCAAGAGGACAUCAACUCCCUGUGCCUGACUGUGGUACAAAGGCUGAUGGAACGUAUACAGCUCCCGUGGGACUCUGUGGGCCGGCUGGAAGUGGGCACGGAGACCAUCAUCGACAAGUCCAAGGCUGUCAAAACAGUGCUCAUGGAACUCUUCCAGGACUCAGGCAACACUGACAUUGAAGGCAUAGAUACUACCAAUGCCUGCUAUGGUGGUACUGCCUCCCUCUUCAAUGCUGCCAACUGGAUGGAGUCCAGCUCCUGGGAUGGUCGAUAUGCGUUGGUGGUCUGUGGAGACAUAGCGGUCUAUCCCAGUGGAAAUGCUCGUUCCACAGGUGGGGCCGGAGCCGUGGCCAUGCUGGUUGGGCCCAAUGCCCCUUUGGCCCUGGAGCGAGGGCUCAGGGGAACACACAUGGAGAAUGUAUAUGACUUCUACAAACCGAGUGGGUCCUCAGAGUACCCGAUGGUGGAUGGGAAGUUCUCCAUCCAGUGUUACUUACGGGCCUUGGACCGAUGUUAUACAGUAUACCGCCAAAAGAUCCAGAAUCAGUGGAAGCAAGCUGGCAUUGAUCGACCUUUCACUCUUGAAGAUUUACAGUUUAUUAUCUUCCACACACCCUUCUGCAAGAUUGUUCAGAAAUCUCUGGGUCGCCUGAUGUACAACGACUUCCUGUCAGCCAACAGUGACACACAGAACAGCUUAUAUAAAGAACUGGAGGCCUACAGGGGGCUGAAGCUGGAAGACACCUACAACAACAAGGACAUGGAGAAAGCACUUCAAAAGGCCUCUCUGGACAUAUUCAACAAGAAAACCAAGGCUUCCCUAUACCUCUCCACGCACAAUGGGAAUAUGUACACCUCCUCCCUAUACGGGUGCCUGGCCUCUCUUCUAGCCCAGCACUCUGCCCAAGACUUGGCUGGCUCCAGGAUUGGUGCCUACUCCUAUGGCUCUGGCUUAGCAGCAAGUUUUUUUUCAUUCCGUGUGUCCCAAGAUGCUUCUCCAGGGUCCCCCUUGGAGAAGCUGGUGUCUAGUGCAUCAGACCUGCCAAAACGCCUGGCCUCCAGGAAGCGUGUGUCUCCUGAGGAAUUCACAGAAAUAAUGAACCAAAGAGAGCAAUACUACCACAAAGCGAAUUUCUCACCACCUGGUGACACAAACAGCCUCUUCCCAGGUACUUGGUACCUAGAACAAGUGGAUGAGCUUCAUCGCCGAAAGUAUGCCCGGCGUCCCAUCUAAAGAUGGCAUGUGGAGUGAUUCCUGGGAUACGCUAGCAGAUCUUGUGCCCACAAAUCUUAUUUUUAAAUACCACCGUUAGCUGGACAAUAUAUCAGACUGGACACAGCAACUUCCACAAGCACUAGUCCCGUAGAGGGAGGGGCCAUCCUUAGACGGCCCUUCAUGCCUUUCCCCGCUGCAGUCACUGUCACAGGCUUGUGGUGCUGUGGACUGGAGGCCCUGAGUGAAAGGGCGAGAUGAAAGAAUGGAGAAAAGGCCUCUUCUCAGAUCUUCUUAGGCCCUCAGAAAUGUGGCAGAUAAGUUGUCUGUUUUGAGAUCCAAAUAAGCUUUCUUAUCAUCUGUCACAGCUUUACUAUUUUCUGUUAUAUGAUAUCUUUGUUCAUUUCUUACGGUUUUCUAUGCAUUUCUAAACUGUAUUACCUUAUUCUAAUCUAACACAGUAUAUGCCAAUAAAAAAGAGAAGAUGAUGCCUGUA